GUCACACAUUCCAACUCCUGAAACUGCAAAGGCAUGGCCACAUCUAGAGCACCUCGCACAGCAUAUUGCUCCACAAAAACAAUGUGAAAUUGGCUUGCUGAUCGGAUACAAUUGCCCACAAGCUCUAAUGCCCAGGGAGGUUGUCUGCGGGAAAGAAAAUGAACCAUUUGCCCAGAGGACGGACUUGGGCUGGAGCAUUGUGAGCUAUGGUGACCCAGGCGAACACUAUGGCGAUGCCUUUGGUGUAAGUCACCGUAUCAUUGUAAAACAAGUUGUUCCUCAGCUUAAGGUGCCAGAUCAGCUCAAAGAUGAAGUCCAUUAUGUGUUUAGAACUCAGAUUAAAGAAACACUCGCUCCUGAUGAUAUCACGAAGAUGCUCGAGUCAGAUUUUAAUGAACGAGUAGAAGAAGAUUCCUUCUCUCAAGAUGAUGUCUUGUUCCUUACAAAGUUAAAGGAUGGAAUUAAGCAAAAAGCAGAUGGUCACUUUGAAAUGCCACUACCCUUCAAGGGAGAAAGGCCAAGUCUGCCUAGCAACAAACCUUGUGCAGACCAGCGCCUGAUGUGCCUGAAAAGGAGGCUUAAACGGGAUCAUGGCUAUUUCUCAGAUUAUGUGAAUUUCAUGAAUGAUCUUAUCAGUCAAGGUGAUGCAGAAAAGGUCCCAGAACAAGAAAUGAGUAAGGUCCCUGCCUGGUUUAUACCCCAUCAUGGGGUAUAUCACCCUCAGAAACCAGGAAAAAUCCGUAUCGUCUUUGAUUGCUCAGCAAAGUUCCAGAAUGUUUCCUUAAACGAUCACCUUUUAACUGGCCCAGAACUCACAAAUACUUUAGUGGGGGUUCUUUGUAGGUUCCGUAAAGGUCCUAUUGCAAUUAUGUGUGAUGUGGAAAGAAUGUUUCACCAAUUUCAUGUAAGACCUGAAGACCAAGACUACCUGAGGUUCUUGUGGUGGGAGAACGGUGAUCUGGAGGCUCCACCAACAAUGUUCAGAAUGAAGGUCCAUUUAUUCGGCGCAGCCUCAUCACCUGGUUGCGCCAAUUUUGGGCUCCAACAUCUGGCCUCUAUGGGAAAGGGGAAGUUUAGCCAAGAUACCAUCAAGUUCAUUCAAAGAAAUUUCUAUGUUGAUGAUGGACUGGCAAGUGUAUCAUCUGAAACUGAGGCAAUUCGUCUUAUUGAGGAAGCAAGAGAACUCUUAGCGCAUUCAGGCCGACUGAGAACCGUGCUGGAGCCCGUUCCAGCACCUAAUCGCGAACCGACCGUCGUGUUCACGCCACAGAUAUUUGUGUUCGCGAACCGGAAAAUUGGUUCGCAAUGCGAACCGCAAAAUACUAGGUUUUUCUCUGCGAACCGUGACGACAGCGUGGUCGUCAGCAGGUUCAUCCGGGUAACACAGUCACGUGCGGGAAAAGUUCAGAGCCCGGUAUGAACACUGGCGGUUCGCAGACAAACACUUAAGUGCCGAACGUAACUGGUGCGAGCACCGACACCGGCUCCGUUCUGGGCUACGAUUCUCGAAACCUUCGUUGCUAACUAACGUAGCAACUA